AGAUGGGUCCCAGAGUAUCAUCGCGUUCCCAAGCAUCUUGUUAUCUCGCAGGUUCUAAUGCAGAAGAACAUGGAUGUGUUAUCGAACGACAACUGCACUAUCCUCGUCGCUCGAUGGCUAUAUAAGAACAAGGUGAGCACCGUCAAUCAACAGCUUGCACUCCUUCAACAAGUCAUUCAUUCUCUUCUUGAUCAACAAGCCCAUCGCUUUUGCUUCUCAGCAGCAAAUCGUUGCUCAUUCUUUGUCUAUCGACAUACCUGCCCUCUAUCUCAAUCAUGCAUUCUCUUGCCAUUGCGCUGGCCAUCUCUGGCCUUGCCUCCACUUCCCUGGCCGCUCCUGCCCCUUUUAAGAGAGGCACGGCAUUCACCGUCAAUCAAGGUCCUGCGAAGCCCUACCAAGCUGGUCCUGUGAUCUUGCAGAAAGCUUACAGCAAGUACAACAAAGUUGCCCCAGAAGAUGUCCAGAAGGCCGCUUCCAGUGGCUCCGUUACUGCGACUCCCGAGCAGUACGAUGCCGAGUACCUUUGCCCCGUCACCAUUGGCGGCCAAACUUUGAACUUGGACUUUGACACUGGUUCCGCCGAUUUGUGGGUCUUCUCGUCAGAACUAUCCAGCUCCGAGCGCUCUGGCCACAGCUACUACAAUCCCUCCAAGUCAACCACCGCCAAAAAGCUCUCGGGCGACACCUGGAACAUCAGCUACGGCGAUGGGUCUGGGGCCAGUGGCAACGUCUAUGCAGACACUGUCACGGUCGGUGGUGUCACGGUCACCUCCCAAGCCGUUGAGCUUGCUGAAACUAUAAGUGCCCAAUUCCAGGAAGACCAAGACAAUGAUGGCUUGCUCGGCCUGGCUUUCAGCUCCAUCAACACUGUUACCCCGACACAACAGACCACCUUCUUCGACACUGCCAUUGACGAAGGUGUCCUUGCUCAGAAUGUGUUUACUGCCGACUUGAAGAAAGGAGAGCCAGGGUCAUACUCCUUUGGCAUCAUCGACAGCAGCAAAUAUACUGGUGACAUCACCUACACGCCUGUCAACACCGCCAAUGGCUUCUGGGAGUUCACUGGAACUGGUUAUGGUGUUGGAGAUGGUAGCUUUACCUCUGCCAGCAUCGACGGCAUUGCCGACACCGGUACCACUCUCCUUCUUCUAGACGACGACAUUGUGUCCGCGUAUUACGACCAGGUUGAUGGCGCUUCUUAUGACAGCAGCCAGGGUGGCUACACUUUCUCCUGCUCUGCCAGUCUUCCGGACUUUGUCGUUGGUAUCGAAGACUCCCAAUUCACCAUCCCGGGAUCAUAUAUCAACUACUCACCUGUUUCUGAUGGCUCAUCCACAUGCUUCGGAGGUAUUCAGAGCAACACCGGGGUCGGCUUUUCCAUCUAUGGAGAUAUUUUCCUGAAGGCGGUCUUUGCAGUCUUCGACAGUGCCAACACUCAGCUCGGCAUCGCCAACAAAGAUCUGUAAAGGAGUGAUCCUGUGAGAUCU